CCACCCGUCCCAUUCAGUGAGUGUUGGCCAUUCGCUGACUUUACAUCACCAUUCUGACCUGCUUCACAGGCCCGUCCCGAGUUUUGUACUUCUGUUUUGCCCAAACAUACAUUUGCAGGAAGACGAAGCCUGGGAGCGAAAAUUUGCUAGUGAAAAACGACCUAAUCGACACAUCUGUCUGCGUUCUUUGUGCAAAUUGUCGUACUCUAUUGAAGCUUGCCUUUUUUUCCUGUUUGAUACGGAGCUGCAAUCAGCCACAUCAUCAUCAUGAGUGACGAAUUCGAUGGAUGUGAGUGCAUCUGGAGCCACGAGAUUGCGAUGCGUCGACUGUUGUCGCUGCUUCGCAAUGGCCAAUCUUACUGCACAGACAACGAGUGCAUCGAUUUGCCCAACGGUCCGAACCAGGGCGUCGGGGAUAAUUUCUUCAUGAUGAUGAUUUUCAUGAUUUUCGCUGUGAUAUUGUACGUGAUGCGACCGGCGUCCCUUCGCCGACGAAACGAUCUGAACAAGCCGCUGCCGCCAUCCAACGAUGGUCCCAACGACGGAUCGCCACCACCGGCAGUCAAUUGAUGCGUUGACGUUGUAAAGUUCGGUAGUUUUUGCUCCGCUCAAAAUUAUAAUCAAACUUUUCCACAGAAGUGACCCUUCAUCGGUCCAUCUUAAUGCAAUUUUAUAAAAUGUCCAGUGUUUUUGUUUUAAAUAUUCCAAUAGUAAAUUUGGCAGCACUCAAGCCAGAGCAAAAACUGCGUAACUUCAACGCGAUCCUGUCUUGCAUUCCCACUUGGUCUUCUAAAUUGAUAUGUUUGACGGAAAUGCAACACCAAGUUCAGCAAUCAAUUUAUCGCAAUUUGUUAUCCAAUGGUGCACUAACUUUUUGUUUGUGUGAUGCUUCAGAAAGUUUCUUUCAAUUCCUUUUAUUUGUAUAAUCUUACAUAGAUCUUAUAAAACCAAUCAUAUGAAAAGCACAUGGUGAAAGACACACUUUACCAAUAAUAAUUAUCAUUUUUUUUUUACAAAUCCAAAACACGCAAAUCUACAACUUCCGACUGGAAUCUAUGGAGCAAAUAUUAUUACUAUUCUAUCGUUAUUAUGUGUAUUAUUUUAUUAUAUAGCAGUGCUACAAAAAAAACUACAAAAAAUCACACAAAUCCACGGGGAGCUAAUGGAAAAGACAUUUUGAAACAUUCUGAUCGCGACGUUUUUAGGAAUAAUAUUCCUAAACUCUGACAAAAAUCGGUAGCACGUUUAUUUGUUUGCAAGGUCAAACGUUUGUUUCUUUCUGUUCGAAAACCACUUGUAUUCCUGACUAAAUAAGUAAAUUAAUUGUAACUUUACAAAUCUGACGAAAUAAAAUCAAACACGUGAUAAAAAA